GGGCGCAGAAAAUGUCCCACGCGCGCGCGGGACAUAUGGCGCGAUAUACUCAAAUCUACGACAAACAAAUAUAUAUGUAGAUUUGACAAUGUCUUUCUACAAAGAGUUGAAUAAUUUGAGCACGGCCGACUUUUAUGAAUGCAAUUCAACAUCGAGAUCAUCUAAAAGAAAGGCAACGAGGGCUUCAAGGGAAUUAUUCGAAGUUGAGAGAGUGAUUUCGCGCAGAAUUCAACAAGGGAAGCCAAAGUAUUAUGUGAAAUGGCGAAAUUUCUCCAGCUUACAAAAUAGCUGGGAGCCAGAGGAAAAUUUGAAUACUGCCGCAUUAAGAACGAAAGAAUCGUAAAGAGAUGUCGGACCUGCCUUCGGACAUUUAUGCACGCAAAUACAAAACUCGAUUUCGACAGUAUGCAUGAGUAAAAAUUGCAUGGAAUUUGGCUUUUUUGACUGAGAUAUAAACUGAACACUCUUCUGUUUACCUCCUUCAUUUUCAAGUUUUCCGCCUGUGCAUGAUUUUUGCAUGAAGUCUGGUCGUAUCAAGCGCAUGCGGAGUGAAUACAAGUGAUUCUGGGGCCCCAAUCACUUGUGUUUUCUCCAUCUUGACGGCUAUAUAGUCCGGACGAAAAUAUCGCUCAGAGAGCGCCUAAAACAUAAAAACAUGAACUAUGUAUUUUUUGAAGGAAAUGAUAGUCCAGUGUUCUUGCUUUCUUGUACAAAAACGUACAUGACAUUUUGUACCAAAACGUGCAUGACAUUUUGUAUUAAAACGUGCAUGAAAUUUUGU